AUGAAUGAGCAAGGAGAGACGGAGAGAUUGUUAUUUGAUGACCUUAUCCCAUUGCAAUUUAGAAUUCUUUUUUUGAUACAGCUAGGGGCGUUAUUAUGGUAUGUCACUAUUCAUUUCUGCUCAAAGUACUAUAAGAUCAAUGUUUUACAUUUAUUAGGAUUAUCAUACUCGCCAAACAAUCUCCAUUUAGAUAGAGAGUAUCCUAAUACAGGAGAGCAUCAUUCCGUAGUUCCCGCUGAGCUCAAAGAGAAUCAAACUUUGCUCGCCGGAGUGUGGAAUAAUUUCAUCAGAAUAUCGGUAGUCAAUAUCAUAAGCUUCAUAAUAUCUAAAAUUAUUGAGUCUUGCAUUGAUCUUCACAAAAGAGAGAAUAGCAUUACCGUAAGGCUCUUGUUUAAUAUGAUACCCUUUUGCGCUCUAUUGUUCAAUCUACAUGAAUUGUUUUUCAAGUCAAGGCAUGCAAUCGGCCUGAAUAGAGCCUAUACCACAGUGAAACGAAUAAUGAUGGGCAAAAUAAAUCAUGCAUACUUGCGUACGAAUGACAUAUUGAUCUCAGAUACACUAACUUCCUACUCUAAAGUAUUGAAUGAUCUACUUUUAUGCAUUUGGAAUGUUUUCUACGGUUUUAACUCUCCUUAUGAUAUAAGAUUUGAGGCAUUAAUACUAUGUAUUCCCACGUUGAUAAGGAUGAAGCAAUGCUGGAUAGAAUAUUCACGUACGAAAUACUUACAGCAUUGUUUAAACUUACUAAAAUACACAACGGCUCUUGGUCCCAUAAUUAUCAACAUGCUACUUAAACAGAAGUUGGCCACUUUUAAGCACGACAAUCCAGAAAAGGUUGAUCAGGACUAUAUUCUCAAUGCACUUAGUAAGCUCAAUACAUGGUGGUAUGUAUGUUCUGUGAUUAAUUCAUCUUAUUCAUUUAUUUGGGACGUUAAAAUGGAUUGGGGUUUUCAAGCAUUUGAUAUCUUUGAAAAGCAUACGACAACUUUUACCCUUUUGCGACCAGGCCACCAACUAGUAUAUAGAAAUAACUGGAUCUACUACCCAAUAAUUUUGAUUGAUUUUUUGUUGAGAUAUAUUUGGAUUUUAAAGCUAUUUAUUGUGAGAGAAUUUGAACACACGACUCCAACUUAUUUAUCAAGUAUAUCCACCUUUUUGUUCGGCUACGAUGCCUUCUCAUUCGGAUAUGCUCUUAUUGAGCUCCUAGAAAUAUUAAGAAGAUGGUUGUGGUGUAUACUCAAACUAGAAGCAGACUUUAUUAAACUACAAAGAGCCCACAGCAUAGAGGAUAUUUCAUUGGUACAGCUCAAUAGAUAA